AUGCAUCUCCGUCGCAUAGCCCAAGAACGCGCAAAUCUCCAAAACGACCCCCUUCCAACCUGCUCUGCCCGUCUCAUCAAUGACGAGGACCCAUAUCACUGGGCUGCUACGAUCAGCGGGCCUCCGGCUAGCCCGUAUGCAAAUCAGAAUUUCGAAUUAAGGGUCCUGUUACCGGACAAUUAUCCUCACAAUGCUCCAAAGAUUUUCCUCACAACGCCGAUAUUCCACCCGAAUGUGUCGAGCACAGGAGAAGUCAAGAUGGGGGAUUUGGAGCCAGAUCAAUGGUGUCCAGCGCUUACAAUCAGGACGCUGUUGAUCUCUGUGCAAGCUUUACUUUCGGAUGCGAAUUUAGCGGAUGGAUGUAUAGUUAAUGAGGAAGCUGCGAGUUUGUAUUUAAGGGAUAUUGAGGAGUUCAAGAGGAAAGUGAGGGAGUGA